AUGGCAGACAAACAUCAGAGUUUCAAUGCUCCCCCACGUUCUAAGAUGAAGUUAUGGAAAGGUGCUACUUUUGCCUUCGUGCUCUGCGCUGCAGCCCUGUCCACCGUCCUCGUUAGAAAAAUGGCCACUGUCAGACAGUUUAAACUCAAAGCCAAACAUCCCUCAUCGAAGUCAUCGUUAUCUCCAGAAUCAACGUCCAGAACGUCUUCAGAGGAACCUGUAGAGCUGUCCCAGAUGACGGGAGGUCUUCAUCGGAAGACCCGCUCAACGGGCAACAACAUGAACUCCCUCUUCUCAGACUUUUCGGCGAUGUUCCAGAGCUUCACGGAGGGCGAGCUUCAGCAGCUGCUCGGUACCUUAAUCGAAAAGAAAAGAAAGAGGGACCAGACUUUUGGGGAGAACAAGUCCAAAAGGACUAAACGAGCCCACAAAUCUAAGCCCUGCUCUUUGAGGAGGCUGGAGCUGACUGUGACUGAGCUGGAUCUUGGCCACAAGAGCGACGAGACAAUAAUCCUGCAGUACUGCAGUGGUAACUGUGACGCACACCGACAAAACUAUGACCUUGCCGUGGGCAAGAUAUUUGGGAAGAACUCUAAGAAAAAAAGUCGCAGGAAGAAAGUCAGCAGCGUGCCGUGCUGCCGACCGACUGCGCUCGAGGGCAUUUCGUUCUUUGUAGAACACAACGGCUUUCACACGUUACGUAACAUCUCGGCUAAGAGAUGUGGGUGUGUAUGACCAAAUGGGAUGGACUUCACACUUCUUCACGCUGCUCCAAGCUUCUGUUGGAAGAGUCGGACAUGCACGCUGGUUAAAAGACAAAUAAUGGAUUAUAAGGU